AUGUCUACAUCGGUGGAAGCCCCUCGCCAGUUCAAACAGCCGUCCCGUAAGGGUAAGAAGGCUUGGCGCAAGAAUGUCGACGUUACUGAGGUGCAGGAAGGUCUGCGCCAGUUGAAUGAAGAAGAGAUCAAAGGUGGUCUUAUCUCAGAGAAGCCGUCUGACGAAUUGUUCAUUCUCGAUACUACUGGAAACGAAGAAGUGCGCAAACAAAUUUCCAAAAAGCACAAGCCACUCAAGGCGGAUGAAAUUAUCGCCCAGCGGUCUGUCAUUCCCGCUCUGGACGGUCGCAAGCGUAUAAACUCCAACAUCACCGAUGGAGUUAUUGAGCCAAAGACCAAGAAACACAGAAAGGAUUGGGUCAGCAACAAGGAACUUCAGCGCUUGAAGCAGGUAGCCAAGGAUGGAACCGCUGGCACCAAGAUUCAUGGAAGUGAACUCUACGAUCCUUGGGCGGAGGACGCCGAAGCAACUGCAUCGGCCGUCGUGGAUGAUCCCCGAUUUGAUUUCCUGGUGAAGCCCAAGGCCAAGGUCGCGCCGGAGACCAUUAGGCACGCUCCAAUCUCACUUGCCGCCAAUGGAAAGCCCAUCCCAUCAGUUCGCAAGCCGCAUGCAGGAACCAGCUACAACCCCGUCUUCGAUGAGUGGGACCGUCUACUCCAAGAGCAAGGUGCGGCUGCUGUAGAGGCAGAGAAGAAGCGUCUCGAGGAGGAGAAGGAAGAAGAAAAGAAGAGACUCCUGCAGGAGGCAGCACAAGGCGACGACGGCGAAGUAAAGUCUGACGACGAAAGUGCCUGGGAGGGCUUCGAGAGCGAAUAUGAGAAGCCUGAGUGGUUAAACAAGAAGCGACCCGAGCGAAAGACCAAGACCCAGCGCAACAAAAUCAACCGUCGAAAGGAGGCCGAGCGUCUGGCAAAAUGGGAGGCCAAGAGGGCUGCGACAGAGAAACAAGCCGAGCAAGUCGAGCUGCUUGCCGAAGAGGCCCGGCAGCGGGCGCUCGAAGCAGCCAACGAUUCCGAUGCCGAUGAUGAUGAAGAGGGUGACGAUACUAAGCUUCGACGCAAGGCGUUUGCAGGGAAACUUGCACCCCCGGAGAAGCCUUUGGAGCUGGUUCUUCCUGAUGAACUUCAGGACUCCCUCCGACUCUUGAAGCCGGAAGGAAACUUGCUGGAUGACCGAUUCCGAACACUGAUUGUUCAAGGAAAGCUCGAAUCUCGCAAGCCGGUGACACAGGCUCGCAAGGCCAAGAGAAAGAUUACCGAGAAGUGGAUGUCCAAAGACUUCAAGGUUCCUGGCUUCGACUAA